UAAUUUAAAAAAUGCACGAAGUCAGCGAACGCAGCACGCGACUGCACUUUCACAUUUACAGGAGGUCGUGAAUGCUUCAGGCGUUACGACCAACUAGUUAAAAAAAAAAUAAAGGAUAGCUACUUCCACACGGAUAUCGAUCAGUUAAUCAGGUUAAUAUUUAAUUGCGCGGCGUCGAGGACACGUUCGUGGUGAUAUUUAGUAAUGAUAUGGAAAAAAUGCAUUGAUAUUCGAGCAAAGCGACGAGUCUUUUCUUGCUAGCACCUCGGCGGCUAAGUUGUCCGCUGCAGCUUGGUAACGACAAGGUGGCGUUCAGGGCCCGUUGAACGUCAACGCAGCAUCCGUUGGACAUUCGUGCAGAUGUUUAUUACUCGGACUGGAUGAAAAUUAAAGCUCGCCGGCGGAUAGGACAACGCGAGAGGUUUUAAUUCCCCACCGAUGUCUUGCGGCUGUUUUAUGGGUCAGCUGUGCAACGAGGAGGUGGGACGGAACCGGGGCCGUUGUUGUGUCGUGCCCCAUUAACAUGGACUGGGGCCAUCAGCUUUUGUGGCGUAUGGACGCGUACUAAGAGGAAGCUCCUCCCCCGGUCAUGGAGGCUCGCUUCGGCACCAUAGUGUUCAGCUCCAAGUUCGACUCGGGCAACCUGGCCCGUGUGGAGAGGGUGACCAAGCGCACGCCGAGCCCCCACAAUGAAGCGGGGGCCGCCUCCGCCGCCAACCUGCCCGACUACGAGUUCAACGUGUGGACGCAGCCUGACUGCGCCGGCACGGAACACGAGAACGGCAACAGGACGUGGUUCCACUUCAGCGUGCAGGGCGCAGCGCCCGCCAAGCUGCUGAAGAUCAACGUGAUGAACAUGAACAACCAGAGGAAACUCUACAGUCAAGGCAUGGCGCCGCUCGUGCGGACUCUCCCCGGCAAGAACAAGUGGGAGCGGAUCCGGGACAGACCCGGCACCGAGAUUGUGCGCAACCAGUUCAUCCUGUCGUUCACUCACCGCCUGCCGGAGGUCCGAGGGGCCACCACCUUCUUCUCCUUCUGCUUCCCCUUCUCCUACGCCGAGUGCCAGGAGAUGCUGCAGCGCUUGGACGACAGCCACUGUGACGCGGCGCGGCUCGGUCCUGCCAGCCCCCCAGAUGACAUUUAUUACCGCCGUGAGCUUUUGUGUCGCUCUCUGGACGGCAACCGCGUGGACCUCCUCACCGUGACCAACUGCAGCGGCAUGCGGGACGAGCGCGAGCCUCGUCUACCGCGGCUCUUCCCCGACGCCGCCGUGCCUCGACCUCACCGCUUCGACAACAAAAAGGUGUUCUUCCUGAGCAGCCGCGUGCAUCCCGGGGAGACGCCGUCCUCGUUCGUCUUCAACGGCUUUCUGGACUUCAUCCUGCGGAAAGACGACCCGCGGGCCCACGCGCUCAGAAACUUAUUCGUCUUCAAGCUGAUACCCAUGCUCAACCCGGAUGGGGUCGUGCGAGGCCACUAUAGGACUGAUUCACGGGGCGUGAACCUGAACAGGCAGUACAUGAAUCCCAGCCCCGAGCUGCACCCGUCCAUCUACGCCGCCAAAACGCUGCUGCUCUACCACCACUUGCACAAGGACGCCCGACCCGCCGGGCCUUCCCUCCGCGUCCAAGCCCCCCCCUCUCACGUCGCGCCUGCCGAUCAGCACGAAGCGCCCGACCUCACCGCCCUGGAAGUCAGCCUGAACCAGCGCAACGCGGCGAAGGACCCGACCCUCCGCCGGCCCGAGCUCGUCCUGGCGACGGAGGAGAACGGGCGGACGGCGAAGGACCGCGUCGGCGGCUCGUCGGGUUCCUCGGAGAUCGUCGGGGCCGCCGCCGAGCCGCCGCAAGGGGGAGCGACCCAAGUGGCGCGGACGGAGGAAGAUGAGCAGAAAGCCGUUCUGCCAAAGGAGGGAGGCGUGGCCUACUACGUGGACUUGCACGGCCACGCCUCCAAGCGAGGCUGCUUCAUGUACGGAAAUAAUCUGCCUGAUGAGAACCACCAGGUGGAGAACAUGCUGUACCCGAGACUGAUCGCCAUCAACUCGCCACACUUCGACUUCCUGGGCUGCAACUUCUCCGAGAAGAACAUGUACGCGCGGGACAAACACGACGGUCAGUCGAAGGAAGGGAGCGGACGGGUCGCCGUGCACAAAGCCAUCGGAAUCCUGCACAGCUACACGUUAGAAUGCAACUACAACACGGGAAAGUCUCUGAACGCCGUCCCCGCUGCGUGCCACGACAACGGGCGAGCCACGCCCCCUCUCGCGCCCGCAUUUCCGCUCAAGUACACGCCGGAAAUCUUUGAGCAGGUGGGGCGCGCCGUGGCCAUCUCGGCGCUGGACAUGGCUGAGUGCAACCCGUGGCCCCGCCUGGUCUUGUCGGAGCACAGCUGCCUUGGCAACCUGCGGGCGUGGGUGCUGAAGCACGUGCGUAGCACCAAGGUCCAGAACGCCCACCUCGGCGCCAAGGCGCAGCAGCACAGAAAGACGUCGCCGCCCAAGACCUUGCUGAAGCGUGGCAGCGGUCUGAGCGACCCGCCGCCCGAGGGCUCCUUCGGCCGGCUGCGCUGCAGCAGCCAGAGCAGCGGCAGCCUGACGCCCUCCCCUAAGAUGCCCAAGUCGCCCAGCUUCACUUUCGGGUGCCCGCCGCCGCGGGCGCACUCGCAGAGCCACGGCAGCGGGCGAGGCCGCGGCCACAAGUCCGCCGGAGCCGCACGGGACGCCAAAACUGCGGAGAAGAGACGCCCGCCUCCUCACCACCGCGCCGUUCUGCGUUCCCCCGCCAACAGCCACGCGUCUGCCCGCCCCCGCCCUCCGCCCUCACCCCCGCUCUCCUCCUCGUCUUCGUCGUCGUCGGUGUGCGCGGCGGCGGUCUCCUCGAGCAUGGCAGGCCUGGGCUCUGCAGGCUCGACGGAAACCUGGUCCAAACCAGCUUUACCCGCGCGCCCCAGCCGAGGCGGAAGAGGAAACCGAAACGCCGGGCACCGCGUGGCCGCAGCGGUCAGCCUCCAACUGCUAAAGAUUGUGGACCCGAGCACAUCCUGGCCUCGGUCAAAUUUAGCAAGUGCGAGCUGCAGCCGCACGUGGGCGCACGCAACAAGAAGGCGGGGGGGUCCGACGGGGCCGUGGCGCGUCUCGCGAAAAGCCGCCCCAGCGUGAUCAUUCAAGCAGCUGACGAAGAGCGAAGCAAGCAACAGACGUGUAAAUCCCACAAGAGGACCACGGCCCGAGCCCACGUUGUGAAAUAGCGACCCACCCCCUCCCCCGGUCCCCACAAGUACGCAUUUCCUCAACAACCAGAGCGUCGCCCGCCCCAUCAGAAAGACAAAGCUAACUUCGAUAGCGACAGCGGUUUCACGUUGCAGUUCCCGUCUUUAUGUUGUGCGGCGGCUGUUCCUAACGAAGUGGCGAUCAAACGUCGUGUAUAGUUUCGUAUCGAGUCCGUCGUGUACUGCAGUCGUAUUGUUGUCGGGUUUAAGUGCCUUCACCACAGUGAGUGUAAACAAGAGAUUACCUUCAUUUUGAUCUUCGUACAGUGUUGACUUUGACACCCUCACACAUACUGAUGAUACCUUUGGUACCUUGACUUAAGGAGUGUACCAAUUUGCAGAUUUUUCAACUUACAAGUUGUCACUUGGUCAAUUAUGUUUUUGAUUUUUUUUAACUUUGUGUUGUGAGCGAGCUUCAGAUGAGCCGCCACUUGAGUGACAUGUUAAAUUUAGCAAUUGUGAUAUUUGUAACGCCCUCAACUGGACAAGAAGCGGCAGACAAGGUUUUUUUUUUUUUUUUUUGGUUGGGCUCCCCCCCCCCCCAAUUUCAACACCCAAACACUUAACGGGUAGACUCACCUGCUUGAGGUGUUACUCACUAAAGAUACACCCCACAAAUACUACAGUACGCACAGGAAUUACAUAUCAAAACGCGGUUUACCUAUUGCAGAUUCAUUGCGUUGUGUAUUAAUGUAUUUAUUGUGAAAGGGUUUUUUUUUCCUCCCCAGAGGUUAGAAAGUUUAUUAGAGGAUGGCGGAGGGUAAUUGGAUUGUGGCGAAGAUUAAACAAGUCUGGGAAGGUUCAUACAGCUUUAAAAUAUAAAAAAAAAAAAAAGAAAUGUGAACGCUACUUAGGAGAUAACACCUAUUGCAGGUGAGGUCCUCAACCUAACCCCCCGCGAUAAACGUAGAAUUACUUUGUUUUACAUUCUCUUAUUCCAUCCACCCAUUUUCUUUGCUGCUUAACCUCACAAGGGUCGUGUGCAAUGCAAGAGCCGCUCACAGCUGGGGGGGGGGGGUGUUACACACCCUGAACUGGUUGCAAGCCAAUUGCAGGGCACGUAGAGACAAACAGCCACACUCAUAUUCACACCUAGGGGCAAUUUUAGAGUGUCCAAUUAAUGCUGCAUGUUUUUGCAACAAACUCCAUACAGGCGGGUCCGGGAUUGAAGCCAGGACCUCAGAACUGUGAGCAAACAAAAAGCAUUCGGGUAUUUUCAGGGCUGGAAUGGAUUAAUUUCGUGGGAACAACUGAUUUGAUAUACAAUGUACAAGUAAAUCGAGUUACAAGCUUGGUCAAACUCUUAAGUCAGGCACCAGUUAACACACAUUCAACCACCGAGCACCUUGUCAACUAACCUCAUUCUAUAAGAUGUUGCCUAUAAGAAGUAUCCACUUGAAUGCUGCUCCUUUAUACACUGGAUGUUGUACAGAAGAUUUUGUGCUUGGAUGGAAUUUGGCAGGUUCCGUUCAAACAAUACCGUUGAAAAUUGUUUUAAGUCUUAAAUGUUUCCUUUACGUUCUCUUAAGAUGACCAAUGUUAAGUCAUUUCUAUGUCCUGUGAUUAAGGGUAGUAAAAAUGUGUCCCUCUAAUACCUUCUCUGUGGACCAAUAAGUGUUUAAUAAUAUGCUAUAAAAAGUAUUAUGGGACAAAAUUUUUGUCAUUGUUUUUGUGAUGUCUAUGUUGUUAUUUUACUGCGGCUAUUGGUCAAUUUAGAUGACUUAAUUUCCACCCAUCCAUUUACUUUGCCACUUUCCACCCAUCCAUUUAUUUUGCCACUUAUCCUCGCGAGGGUUGGUAAACGGGGAGGAGGCGGGAGAUACCCUGAACUGGUCGCCAGCCAAUCGCACGGCACAGAGAGACACAGUCGCACUCACAAUCACACCUAGGGACAAUUUAGUGGCCCCAAUUAAUGUUGCAUGUUUUUGGGAUGUGAACCCACGCAGGUACGGGGAGAACACGCAAACUUCACACAGGCAGGGCCGGGAUCGAACCCAGGUCCUCAGAACUGUGCCGCCAAUUCUAAU